AUGGAUCCCCUGUUUAAGUGCAAGGAGCAAAUGGCCUAUGGAUCAAGUAGACUUGAAGAUCAGAGACAGUCAUUGUCUCCGUUGGGAAGGAUUGUGAAAGUGUACUCUGGAAAGGAUAGCAAAGUGCGCGUACAGAAGGUUCAGGCUCCAGGACAAGAAAUUUGCCAAAAGAUGGGUGCGUUAUGCAUUAACAAGAACUCGGAACAUCAACUGAAACAAUCUGACGACUGUCAUGCUAUGUGACGUAAGUCGAUCCAUUAUCUCAGGCCAAUCAAGUGUCAGUAAGUCCAUAAGAGUAUCUUCACUAAUCGAGCUAAGGAAAGCCGAUGCUAUUGCGGAGUUGGUUGCAAAGGAAGCUAAACUUAACGCUCCUCAAUAAGAAGCAAAAAGGGAAUUGCGAAGAUCGAGGCACAACUCAGGGUGGAAACUAUGAGGAUCGAAUAAGAAGUGACACAAGAAAACUUGAGAAAGAACAGAUAGAUGGAAGUGAAGAAGCAACGGCGAGGCUGAAGGUGUACCAAGUAGCUCGAAAAUGAGAAGGAUUCUGUAAGACAAGUUUAGCCAACCCUAGCAUCCUUGCUUCUGCUACAGGUGCCUAGGCAUGUAACAUCGGAUGUAACCGUUUGAAAUUAAGCAACACAGCCCACUCAGCAGCUUCAGCACGUACAUAAGCCCCCUAACAAAGGUUAACCAACUGUCUCGCUUAAAGGUGGGUGGGUGGGAUACCCAGGGGCUUCCACUGUGGUCAGCCAGCCCCUAGAUAGAAUACUGCCCCCCAUGACAGGCAAAUCCCCGCAACCCAGCCAUGAGACCCCAUUCCAGCCACCCAUCACAGAGAUGAAACAGUGGAAGAAAGAAAAAUAAGGGAUGGGAGGGGGAAACAUGCUAAAUGGACCGCUCCACAUACCACUGCACAAACGCUCAAUGAAGAACUUGUAGCUAAGCUUGUUGACCACUUGACCGCAAAGCUUGUGAACCGCUUGAUCACAAAACUUAUGAACCGUUUGACCGCUAAGCUUGUGGACCGCUUGACCGCUAAGCUUAUGAACUGCUUGACUGCUAAGCUUGUGGACCGCUUGACUGCUAAGCUCGUGGUGGUUAACUUAGUUAAAGUACGUUUAACCAAAUUUAACCAACUGCCUCGCUUAAGUGGAAGGUGGGUGCCUGGGAUACCCAGGGGCUUCCACUGUGGCUAGCCAACCCCUAGAUGGAAUACUGCCCCCAUGGCUGGCAAACUCCCGCAACCCAGCCAUGAGCCCCCAUUCCAAGCCGAAGGGACUCUGACGAAAGCCAGAUCGGAGCGGGAAAGGGGCUCAGGGCUGGGGGAAGCCCUGGCCCCGAACUACCAAAGUCCCGAAGCACCUUACAAAAACAACUGGGGAAAGAGAAAGAUAUGCAAGAAAUGCCUGUCAAGUAAGAAGGCUUGCUACCCCUACAAUAGUACUGAUGGGAGUGUGAAUAUAGAUGUGAUACGCAUCGAUGAACCAUGUGCCAAGUGUCUUGAUGACGUGAUCUGGCUGUCCUAA